AUGCCAAAAAAGAAAAAUGUUGUGCUGCUGUCAGCUGCAUUGCCGCAGAACAUUACUAGGAAAAAAAGGAAGACUAUAGAUGAGGAGCUAGGCACACAUGAGGAAGGGGAGAAGAAUGGUAUGGAAAACCAAGCUACUAAAGGUGACAACUAUGAGAAAGAUAGUCAAAAGAAUAGCAAAAAAGAUGGAAAAAAAGAGAAAGAACAAAAGAAACAUGAAAAAGGUGCUAAUAGUGGAGAAUCAACUGAACUGGAGAACAAGGAAGAAGGGGAGGAUGAACAGAAAAACAACAACAAUGAGGAAGUGCAGAGCAAAAGAAAUAGAGAAGUAGGGGGUGAAACUUCUGAUAUCCUACUAAUGGAAAGCAACAAUAUGAAGUCCAUUGAACUAUUUGUGGAGUUAAAUUGCGAGCAGAAUGACCAAACUGAACAGACCCAAGGUGAAAAUCAAGAGAGGGAUGAGCAACAAUAUUUACAAUCCAGGACACAUAGUAGUAACAAAGAGUAA